UCGUACAUGCGUGUGUCGGCACAGGAUGAAUAGAUCCACCUCUCAGCAGAUGGGAUAUCCCAACGGUUGGGAUGAUGUGUACGUGUUAUGCAGACAUGCGAAGCACAUCUGGCACGUACACGUGUGAAGGUUUGACUUAGGAAGAGUAGCGUAAAGAGAUGGAUGGGAGAGUGAUUCGGGGCAAAGUGCGUGUAUUCAGGAGCGGGGGCAGAAGCAUGACCCACCAGUAGCAUCCAACUGUGGGUGCACUCGAGUUGUUUGACGAAACGACAUGGCUUCUUCAACACAGCAGCAGCUGCUACUCGCGGCUUUCUCAUUUUUCCAACUUCGACCCCUACCGCACUGCGGCCAGCGAUGCAGAUGGAAAAGCAGCAGCAGCCUCACCCUCCUUUGCCUUCAUCAAAAUCGUCUCGGCAGCAGCACCGAUGUAGCGAAUGGAUUUUCUCGGAUGUCCCUAGUGAUAUAACAAUAGAAGUGAGUGGAGGGAUCUUUGCUUUACAUAAGUUUCCUCUAGUUGCUAGAUGUGGUCGAAUACGGAAGCUAGUGGCGGAAUACAGGGAUUCGGAUAUUUCGAGGGUAGAGUUGAUCAGUCUACCCGGAGGUGCCGAGGCAUUCGAGUUGGCUGCAAAAUUCUGUUACGGCAUUAACUUUGAGAUCACAUCCUCUAAUGUUGCGCAACUAUGUUGCGUAUCCGAAUACCUUGAAAUGACUGAGGAAUAUGCGAAGGAAAACCUCGCUUCCCGUGCAGAAGCCUACCUUGACGGUGUGGUCUGCAAGAGCCUUGAAAUGUGUGUUGAAGUAUUGCAGCAGUGUGAGAGCUUGCUUCCUCUUGCCGACGAGCUGAAAAUAGUCAGCAGGUGCACAGAGGCGAUAGCUUCAAAGGCUUGCGCAGAGCAGAUAGCAUCUAGUUUCUCACGCUUAGAGUAUAGCAGCUCUGGAAGGCUGCACAUGAACAGGCAGGCGAAAUGUGAGGGGGACUGGUGGAUAGAAGAUCUCUCUGUUCUUCGGAUUGACUUGUAUCAAAGAGUCAUUGCUGCUAUGAGGUGCCGCGGGGUCCGCCCAGAAAGUAUCGGUGCGUCUCUCGUGAAUUAUGCUCAGAAGGUGUUGGCAAGAAAAACCAACCUAUGGAAUGCAUCUGGCCAGCCAAAAAGUGACUUGGUUGUUUGUUCUGUUGGGCAGGAGCAGCGAGUUGUUGUUGAAACAAUUGCUAGCCUGCUGCCGGUCGAGAAACUUGUGGUCCCUGUCAGUUUCCUUUUUGGGCUUUUACGAACGGCAGUGAUGCUUGAUUGCACGAUUGCUUGCAGGCUUGAUCUCGAGAGGAGGAUCGGGUCCCAGCUCGAAACAGCCACCCUUGACGAUCUCUUGAUCCCAUCCUUCCGACAUGCUGGAGAUACUUUGUUUGACGUUGACACGAUCCACAGGAUCCUGAUAAACUUUUCUCAGCAGGAGGACAGUGAAGAUGACAUGCAAGAUGCUUCUGCUUAUGAAUCUGAUGGGCCCCACUCACCCUCUCAGACUGCGUUGAUCAAAGUUGCAAAGUUGGUGGACAAUUACCUUGCUGAAAUUGCUCCUGAUGCGAACCUUAAACUUGCCAAAUUCAUGGCAAUUGCAGAGAUUCUGCCAGUGCAUGCACGUACGACUGACGAUGGGCUGUACCGAGCCAUUGAUAUCUUCCUCAAAGCCCACCAGGGAUUACAGGAUCCAGAUAGGAAAAAGCUGAGCAAACUGAUCGAUUUCCAAAAGUUAUCACAGGAAGCUGGCGCGCACGCCGCCCAGAAUGAGCGCCUUCCGCUUCAGGCAAUCGUCCAGGUCCUUUACUUUGAGCAGCUAAGACUCCGGAAUGCCUUAUGCUGCUCUUUCCCAGAAGAAGAGCAGAAAACAGCAUAUCAGUCUCGGAGAAUCAGCAGCGGUGCACUCAGCGCAGCAAUGUCUCCACGUGACAAUUACGCAUCCCUGAGGCGGGAGAAUCGGGAGCUGAAACUUGAACUCGCUCGGAUGAGAAUGCGGCUCAGUGAUCUUGAGAAGGAACACGUGUGCAUGAAACAAGACCUGGAGAAAUCAUCGUCCCACAAGCUGAUGUCCUCUUUUUCAAGAAAGCUCGGGAAGAUGAGCUUGUUUGGCCAUAGUGCCUCGAGGGGAUCAAGUUCGCCAUCGAAGCACUCACAAAGAACGGAUUUUUCGAAGGCAGUAACUGGUAACGUGAGCUUUUGAUUCUUGUGUGGUUUAGGUAGCAGCUGUGGAUUGUAUUUAGAAUGUAUGACCUUCGUCGACUGAGCAAUUACAUGAUCCUCAACCUGAGGAUAUAUACUGUAUACAUGGGUUUUCAGUUUGUACGAGUGUGGGCCCUUGGUUAAGUAAUCUGGCUGUUGGCCUGUUGGAAUCCAUAGAUUGUCCAUGCCCAAGGAAUCUCCUCUGUGGAACAAGUCUAACCUUUCUGUGUUUGGCUUGCAAAUGGGUUAAGGAGUGAAAUGCAGUGAUGGUGCUCAUUUGCUGAAAAAAGGCCCAAGAUAGGUGGCUUGGAUCUUCCUUUCUAUGAGAUCUUUAUAGAAAGGUCCACCAGACCAAUGGUCUGGAACACUGAACCAUGGGCCUCCACUUGUACAAACUAAAAACACACCUAUACUGUGCAUAACCUUCGGGGCAUUAUCAUAUAAUUUCUCUAGUCUGCAUGGUACCUUUGAGCCAUGUAUUUUACUCAGGUUGUAUGUUUGUCUAGUGGCUUCUUAGAUGGUGUUGUGCGGGUGACGUAGCAGCAGGUUUUUUAAAUUUGGAUGUGGAAACAUUCCAACACUACUAAAACUCGCUGACUGACUCGGCCAGAUUUCAAGCCGAGUUACUGAAGAACUCGAUUUUUAGUGUGACUUGGCUGAGUUUUAGAGAGCCUAGUCGAAACAAUUAGUAAUCUCGGACAACUGAAGUGUCUCGUAAUGACUCAACCACCUAACUCACCCAGUCAAGCAUUUUAAAAUAAAAUAUUAAGGUGGGUAGGGAGAGAUUCAAGCAUUGAACUUCUAUGAAAAUUAGUGCACUAAACAUCUGUUUUAUUUAUUUUUUAUUUUAUUUUUAUUUAUUUUGUAUGUGCUUUUGCUAUUUUAUAUCUUUCACUGAAUUGUUCAAUACUAAUUAGUAUUCCCGAUAUUUUGCCGUUUGAUUCAA